GCCUAAGCGAAUCCCUGAGGCAAAGCCGAACCACUGCCUUAUCAGCCUAAAGGCUGGUCACCUGCCUACUAUCAGCCCUUGAUACAGAGGACACAAUGUUUCAAGUGUACGCCUGACCACUUCUCUGCGCCCAUCUCUUUGCUCCUGUACCCGAAUAUGGCGCCGGAUGUGCAAGCAUCAUACUACGUAUACUAGUUACCGUAUAGUGCCCCUGUACUUGCUGAACCCUCUUAUCCAAACGGGGACUCGUGAAUCCAGCUUUCCGGUGCGUUGGAAGACAAAAAACGACUCCACCGUUAGCAAUACCCUUCCUACUCCCAAACAUCCCCACCGGAUGUCCGGGUGCCUUUCCGGCCAGCAUUCAACUGCUCAACAAGAAUACGAGGGUUUGGCAAGGGAGCAGAUAUGUAUCAUGGCACCUGAUAUCCCAGAGUAUCAACUGUACACUGCAGACACUAGCCGACAGAGCCUGCCCGUCACUUCUUCUCACCACGCUCGUCUACAGGAAAUCCAGAGUCCAACUUCUUGUUGGUCAAUACUAUACUGCCUUGCCCAUUUACUGGGUGCAGAAGGUAAUCCACGAUGUAACUCGAAUCCUCGGAGGGUUGCGACGGCGCAUUCAUGCAAUUCCACUGGAAAAGUGCCUUGCACGCGCACCAUUACCCCCGAAAGCCAAUCCAUGUCUAGGAACACCGUUGCUUUUUUUUCCCUCAUACGAUCACAGAAAAGGUUUCACUAGCGCCAGACCUUUUUAGUUCGGCGGGCUGCUAUCCAGUGCCCAGUGUCGCCGUCCUUUGAGAGACGUGUGGGUGCCAUUCAAUUGG